GUUUCAUGACGUUCCAUCUGAUUCCGUCCGGUGUGGCCCGGCUCCAUUGCAUUCUGUGUCGUCCCGUUCCAUUCCACCUAGUUACUUUCGGUCAUUGUUCGCCAAUUAUUGACUGCACAUGCGACGGAGGCGCCAAUGUGUCACUUGUGGACUUGCCGGGCAUUCAGGAUUGAGACCACUGUGCUGCCGACCUGAACUGAGCAAGCAUAAUGAUGAAUGAGAGCAACAGAGAACUGCUUAACAGACUUUUUCCUGGUCAAGAAAAAGACCUGGAGAAUGAUGUUGACGUCAACAACUACUUGGCCCAAAUCAGCACAUUUGGUGUUGAAAAGCUACGUACUGAGGGUGUGCGCAUCCAGGAGGAGAUGGCACACACUCUGCAGCAGACUCAGGACUUGGCCUUUCAGAACUACAAGACGUUCGUGGAGACAGCCGAGUGUUCGUCAGCCGUGCUCCGCGAGUUCACGUCUGUAGAGGAGCGUCUGGACCGGCUGCUGGCCGAGCUGCCCGAGUUCGCCGGCCGCUGCGCCGAGUUUGGUCGGCGCGGCGCGGAGAUCCAGGCUCGCCGCCGGCUCAACUCGACCACGCUGACCAAGCACACCGAGCUGCUGGAGGUGCUGGAGCUGCCGCAGCUCAUGGACACGGGCGUCCGUAACGGCUACUACGACCAGGCCAUGGAGCUGGUCACGCACGUGCGCAGCCUCGAGAAGAAGCACGGCCACAUACGGCUGGUAGAGGGUAUCGUUGCUGACGUCCAGCUGGCGUAUCGUUCGAUGCUGACCCAGCUGGUGUCGCAGCUGCGAACCAACAUUCAGCUGCCGCAGUGCCUGAAAGUGAUCGGCCACCUGCGGCGCAUGGAGGUGUUCACCGAGUUUGAGCUGCGGCUCAAGUUUCUGCAGGCGCGCAACGCCUGGUUGGACGAGCAGCUGAGCAACAUCAGCCGGGACGACCCGUACCACCACAUCUCGAAGACGAUCGAGGUCAGCCGCGUGAGCCUGUUCGACAUCGUAACCCAGUACCGGGCUGUGUUCAGCGACGAAAGCGCCCUGCUGCAGGCGGGCGCCGAUGAGGCGGCGCCCGCCAUCUUCUACGAGUGGAUCAACCUCAAGGUGGACCAGUUUGUGCGCACGCUGCGCCAGGACCUGGCGCGCGGCGUGGGCUCGCGGCUGGACUCACUGCUCUCCCAGACCAUGUACUUCGGCCUGAGCCUGGCUCGCGUGGGCGCCGACCUGCGCCCGCUGGCGGCGCCGCUCUUCCAGCAGGCGGCGCUGGCGCAGUUCCAGCGCACUUUGGACGCCGCCACCGCCCGCUUUCGCCAGUACAUGGACGCCUUCACAUGCAUGAAGGCCCGUGUCACGGCCAGCCCCGCCGCCUUGGAGCCACCCUCCGCCGCUCAGGACCCGCUGCAGCCGCCAGCCUCGCUGCUCGACUACCUGCCGCUGGCGCACUACUGCAACGGCGCGCUGGCCGCCUUCAACGAGCUACGCCUGUGCCCGGCGCUGGGGCUGGUGCACGAGGUGGCGGCGCUGCUGAGGGACAGCCUGGCCGCCGUCGUCGGACGCGUGGUCGACCUCUAUCACACGGACAGCCAGGGCCUGACGGAGGCCGAGCGGCGUAACUACAGCCGCUUCUGUCGGUGCCUGGCGCGUGACCUGGUGCCGUACCUGAGCCGCUGCCUGGCGGCCGUGUUCCCGGCCGACCAGCUGGCGCCGGCGCUGGGGCUCUCCGCCGCUGCGCUCACCAAACGGGGCAUCGGCUCUCUGGAUGUGCCGGUGCUGGUCGGGCCGCUGCAGGAGUUCCUGUCGGAGCCAGCCGAGGUCCCGGCGACCGCGGCGUCGGCCGCCGCGCCCACCGUCCCGGCGCCUGCCGUCCCAGCGCCUGCCGACGCAGGGGCCGCCGCGUCCAGCGCGGCGCUGGAGUCGGCGGCAGACCCAGCCGAAGCGGCGCACACAGCUGGGCCGAGCGCCCAGUCCCCGCCAGGCGGUCACGAGCAGGCGGCCGGCGUCGGCGCCGCGGGACACGGGAGCGGCGCCGAGGUCACGCCCCCCGCAGACGGCGCCGCUGAGGGGGAAGCGGCGGCUCGACCUGCCGACGGAGGGGUUCUGCCUGCGGCUUCUGGCGCUCCUGAGGAGGCGCCCGAGGUCACGCCGCUAACUUCCGAGCCGUCUGAGCCGGCUGGUGAGGCGGCUCCGGAGGGGAACCAUGCGCCGUCGGCGGCCGAGGUCGAUCCGGUCGGGCCCGCAGACCUGCACACGGACGCUUCGCUUCUUCGCGAGGCGCUAGAUGACGACGACCCGGGCCUGGUGAUGACGGCACCCCAGCGACCGCCGCAGCUAUAGUCGGCCCGGCCAGGAGCGGGGGACGCAGACGCCCAGCGACCAGGAGGACAUAGCCGUCGGCAGCCAGAUAUCAGCAAGGCGGUGAAUUGCCGCGCUAUGAAUUUUCUUGAGCAUGAUCCAGCCGCACCCGUCUCCGUGCUUUGCAGCAGUAUGAGGGAUGGUUGUUGUGCUUUACUUUUAUGUACUGAGUGCUUGAAGAACCACCUUGUGGUGCUUACAUAUUUCCAGUUCUGCCAACAGCGUGAGGGGCUUGUUACUUUGUUAAUGCACCUACCUUUCUGUGAGGGAUGAACAUUGUAUGUGUAUGAAUAUAUGCGUGUU